AUGGACGCCGACCAUCGCGCAUUGGAGGCGCAGGCCGAGAACAUGAAUUCCCGCCAAGAAUUCUCGACCUAUACCACCACUAGUCACAACGAAUCUCGCACCGACAGCGCCAAUGUUCAAAAUGUUCAAUCGGGGGCCUCUGGCUCAAAAACCAACCGAAUUCCCCAUCCCGAGAAUGUCAUCGAUAAUCACAAUGACGUCGCGACCGAAGAGAUCAAUGCCCAGACCGAGGCCCUAGACUCGACCUUGACCGGCUCCUCCACCGAUAGCUCUCAUGACACCGUCGAGGGCCGAUGGGGUGAGAAGGAGGCGGGUGAGCCCGUCUCCCGCCAUCGUGCGAUGGAGGAUUUGGAGGAGAUGCGCCGGGAAUUGACCCGUCUCAGCUUGCACCGCACUCGAUCGACCACCGCCAAGCGCAUGAAGUCCCGCGCCAGUCGCAAGGAUGAAGAGAAGGCCCUGGAUGAAGAAUCUACUGACAAUGAGGAUAAUGGCUUCGACUUAGGCGACUUCCUUCUCAGCGGCCACCUGGAGCGCCGUACCACCGCCGGCGAGCCUGCAAAGAAGGUUGGCGUCGUCUUCAAGAAUCUCACCGUUCAGGGUAUUGAGACGGGCGCUUCGUUCGUGCGCACUCUGCCGCAUGCUGUGGUGGGCACGUUCGGCCCGGAUCUUUACAACCUCAUCUGUCGAUUCGUGCCCCAGGCGCGUGUGGGCAAAAAGCCUCCGAUUCGCAACCUCAUCAACGACUUCAGCGGUACAGUCCGGGAGGGUGAGAUGAUGCUGGUGCUGGGUCGUCCCGGUGCCGGAUGUACUACCUUCCUGAAAGCAAUCGCCAAUGAUCGUGGUGCUUUUGCGGCCGUCCAUGGGGAGGUGAGCUAUGGUGGUCUCUCUGCAGAGGAUCAAAAUAAGCACUUCCGUGGCGAAGUCAACUACAACCCUGAGGAUGACCAGCAUUUCCCGACGCUCACGGUCUGGCAGACUCUCAAGUUCUCACUGAUCAACAAAACCCGCAAGCACGAUCGAGACAGCAUACCCGUCAUUAUUGAUGCGCUGCUGAAGAUGUUCGGUAUCAGCCACACCAAGAACACUCUGGUUGGUAACGAGUACGUUCGCGGAGUUUCCGGUGAUGCAAGCACGGCUCUCGAUUACGCCAAGUCCCUCCGAAUUAUGACCGACGUCAGCAAGCGCACCACUCUGGUCACCCUGUACCAGGCGGGUGAGAGUAUCUACGAACUCAUGGACAAGGUCCUGGUCAUCGACGAAGGUCGUAUGCUUUACCAGGGCCCCGCCAACGAAGCGCGUCAGUACUUCAUCAAUCUCGGAUUCUACUGCUCCGAGCAGUCGACCACCGCCGAUUUCCUGACUUCGCUCUGUGACCCCAACGCUCGUCAAUUCCAGCCUGGUCGCGAGGCCUCAACUCCCAAGACCGCCGCAGAGCUCGAGCGCGUCUUCCGGGAAAGCGAGACCUACAAGUUCAUUACCAAUGACGUCAGCAGCUAUGAGAAGCGUCUCCAGGAAACCGAAUUGGAAGAUACCCGCCAGUUCCAGAAAACCGUCGCCCAGUCCAAGAGUAAGACUGUCUCCAAGAAGUCUCCUUACACCGUUUCCCUGGUGCGCCAGGUUGCGGCUUGCGUUCAGCGCGAGUUCUGGCUGCUGUGGGGUGACAAGACCUCUCUCUACACAAAAUACUUCAUUAUCGUCUCCAACGGUCUCAUCGUCUCGUCUCUGUUCUACGGAGAGGCUCUGGACACCAGCGGUGCAUUCUCGCGUGGUGGUGCUCUGUUCUUCUCUAUCCUGUUCCUUGGCUGGUUGCAAUUGACCGAGUUGAUGCCUGCUGUCUCUGGCAGAGGCAUCGUUGCUCGCCACAGGGAUUAUGCUUUCUAUCGUCCCUCCGCUGUUUCGAUCGCGCGCGUGGUCGUUGAUUUCCCGGCUAUCUUCUGCAUGGUUGUUCCCUUUACAAUUAUCGUCUACUUCAUGACUGGUCUGGAUGUGACUGCUUCCAAGUUCUUCAUCUACUUCCUCUUCGUGUAUACGACGACAUUUUGUAUCACCUCGAUGUACCGCAUGUUCGCUGCCCUCUCGCCGUCGAUCGAUGAUGCGGUGCGAUUUGCUGGUAUUGCGCUGAACCUGUUGAUUCUCUUCGUUGGCUAUGUGAUUCCCAAGCAGACUUUGAUUGGCAACUCUAUCUGGUUUGGAUGGCUGUUCUAUGUCAAUCCGAUCUCAUACAGUUAUGAGGCUGUCUUGACUAAUGAAUUCGCUGGCCGUACUAUGCAGUGUGCUGCCUCGCAGCUUGUUCCCCAGGGCCCCGGCGUUGAUCCGAAGUACCAGGGUUGUGCCUUGACUGGUUCCUCGUUGGGUGCGACUGAGGUUCCUGGUACUCAAUAUCUGUCGGCAAACUUCCAGUUCACUCGUCACCACCUCUGGCGCAACUUUGGUGUCGUCAUUGCUUUCACUGUCUUGUACAUCCUAGUCACCGUGUGGGCUGCCGAGUUCCUUUCCUUUGUUGGCGGCGGCGGCGGCGCCUUGGUCUUCAAGAAGUCCAAGCGUGCUAAGAAGAUCACUAGUCAGACUGGCAAGGAGAAUGAUGAGGAAAAAGGGGGGGAUACCGCUUUCAACCGAUUGUCUUCGAGCGAGCGCUGCUUCACCUGGUCUAACGUCGAGUACACUGUCCCCUAUGGCAAUGGGACUCGCAAACUGCUAAACAGUGUCAACGGUUACGCUAAGCCUGGUGUUAUGAUUGCUCUUAUGGGUGCCUCUGGUGCUGGUAAGACUACUCUGCUCAACACCCUGGCGCAGCGCCAGAAGAUGGGCGUCGUCAAGGGCGACAUGCUUGUCGAUGGCCACCCUCUGGGAGCUGAUUUCCAACGUGGCACUGGCUUCUGCGAGCAAAUGGAUCUACACGACAACACCUCUACAAUUCGCGAGGCUUUGGAGUUCUCAGCUAUUCUUCGUCAGGACCGCCACGUUCCCCGCCAGGAGAAGAUUGACUACGUCAACCGAAUUAUCGAUCUUUUGGAACUCGAAGAGAUUCAAGACGCCAUCAUCGGCUCUCUCAAUGUUGAGCAGAAGAAGCGUGUUACAAUUGGUGUCGAACUGGCUGCCAAGCCAUCACUUCUUCUCUUCCUCGACGAGCCCACCAGUGGUCUCGACAGUCAAGCCGCUUUCUCCAUUGUUCGAUUCCUGAAGAAGCUAUCUCAGGCCGGCCAAGCUAUCGUCUGCACCAUUCAUCAACCGUCUUCCAUGCUCAUUCAGCAAUUCGACAUGAUCUUGGCCCUUAACCCCGGCGGCAACACCUUCUACUUCGGCCCCGUCGGCAAGGAGGGUGCCGCCGUAAUCAAGUACUUCGCCGACCGCGGCUUCCGCGACGGCAAGAAGGUCGAUUGGAAUGAAGAGUGGCGUUCUUCCGAACAGAACCGCCUCAUGCUCGCAGAGAUCGAACGUAUCAGGACCGAGCGCAGCAAGAUUCCCAUCGAGGACAGCGGCAGCACAACAUACGAUACUGGCGUGACCCGUCCUGACUACUACGGCAAGCUCUUCGUCAGUGUGAUCAUCGGUAUCUUCAACGGAUUCACCUUCUGGAUGCUCCCGAACACAGUCGCCAGCAUGCAAGACCGCAUGUUCUCAUGCUUCUUCUACAUCAACCGCGCUCUCUGGGAAGCCCGCGAAUACCCAUCCCGCAUCUACGGCUGGGUCGCCUUCUGUACCGCCAACGUCGUCUGUGAAAUUCCCGCCGCUAUCAUUACCGGUCUCGUCUACUGGCUUCUAUGGUACUACCCCGUAGGCCUUCCCACCGACUCCUCAUCCGCAGGCUACGUCUUCCUGAUGUCGAUGCUUUUCUUCCUCUUCCAAGCCUCCUGGGGCCAAUGGAUCUGCGCCUUCGCCCCCUCCUUCACCGUCAUCUCCAACGUCCUCCCCUUCUUCUUCGUCAUGGUUAACCUCUUCAACGGUAUCGUCCGCCCUUACGCCGAUUACCCCGUCUUCUGGAAAUACUGGAUGUACUACGUCAACCCCGUGACCUGGUGGUUGCGCGGUGUGCUCUCCUCCGUUCUUCCGGAAGUGCGGAUCGAAUGCGCUUCUGAAGAAUACACACGCUUCAACCCGCCUCCGGGUCAGACCUGUCAGCAAUACGCUGGGAACUUUGUCCAGAAUAUCGCUCGCGCCGGAUACCUGAGUGAUCCUAAUGCUACGAGCAACUGCGAGUACUGUCCUUAUUCGACUGGCGCGGAGUACAUGGCCAACCUCAACGUGCACACUGGUGAUAAGUGGCGCUGCUUUGGGAUUUUCUUGGCUUUCGUCAUUAUCAACUGGGCGCUCGUUUACUUCUUCAUUUACACUGUUCGUGUCCGUGGCUGGAGCUUCGGUAUUGGAUAUGUGUUUGGUCUUGGUGGUCUUCUCGUUGAGGCUAUCAAGAAGCCGUUCCAGAAGAAGGAGGCAUCUGAGUAA